AUGCACUGUAGGCGUUACCGAUAUAAGAGUAAAUCACUUUGUGGUAAACGGCGUUACUAUAUCAUUCCAGCUUACGCAGUCGGAGGCGGCUACGUUGUUAGACACACCGCUGUUGUAUCCGCCCCUUGCGUAGGGCCGCCCCCAUAUGUUGCUCCAUCGCCAAUUCCACCUCCACCUCCUCUUCCACCACCACUUCCACCACCGCUUCCUCCUCCACUACCACCACCACCUCCUCCUCCACCUCCUCUUCCACCUCCAUGUCCAACGUAUGUCGUUCCACCGCCACCUCCACCUCCACCUCCUCCUCCUCCUCCACCUCCAACAUAUGUCGCUCCGUCGCCACCCCAGUCGUACGUUGCUCCUUCAACGUACGUCGCACCUCCGCCAGCAGAGUACGUUGCACAGUUGCCGCCGCAGACGUACGUUGCUGUUCCAUCGUACGUCGCACCCCCACCAUCGAAGUACGUCGCACCACCGCCGCCGCCGCCGCAGCCGCCACAGUCGUACGUCGCACCACCUCCACCGGCGCCACCACCAGUGGAGCCGCCACCACCGCCGCCACAGUCGUACGUCGCUCCACCGGCGCCACCGCCGCCACCGGCACCAACGCAGCCAUACGUUCCUCCAUUAUCUCCACCAGAACCUCCAGUACCUCCGCCAGUUCCACCACAACCUUAUGCGCCAUCACAGCCAAGCUACGGAGAAAGCCCUCUUUGCGCUGGUGUCCGGCCAUCUCUCUGUGAAGAAGGAGGCCGAGCUCCCUUUAUGCAAGGGAAAAACGAUGGAGGACCGUCCUUAAAUAAUAAUGGAAAUGGCGAUUUUUCUGUCAGUGGUAAUGGCAAUAAUAAUGGAAAUGGUAACGGCGGCCAAAUAGAAGUGUUCGGUCCUAGGGGUAUGCCCGGCUCCAGUAACAUCGAGCCAAUGAAAGCUAUGUCAGUUGGUCGCACGAACUCAAAAAGUAUGGUUAGAAGAACAGUACACGAUUCCCAAGUACAUUCAGCUGACAUGCGUCCUCGUGUUGAUUCAGAGACUGGCAACGAGAAUAUCUCCAUUGUGAGAAGGACGGCGAACAGGAUGAUGAGAGGGUCAUUGAAGCACAGGACAGCUCGUAGUGGACAUUCAUAA